GAAGUAGCAUUGGGCGUCACGCUACGCUUUCGGCGAUCUGUAUAUCAUACGCUUAUUAUUAAGAACUGUGCGAAUAUAUGCAUGUGUUUACGACAUCUAACGCUUCUAAUCCGUUUGCGUAAAGUGAGCUGUGCUCGUGUUCAACAAAGAAAGAGGCGGUAGAUUGAAAUCGAAACACAACAGAAGUUUUAUUGAUCGGAAUCGGACGGAUCGGGGGACAUCUCAGUCUGAAAAAAACGACAACAAGGCUUGUUAUGAAUCCCUGGGACCCCAUUACCUAUACAGUGACACCUGCUGCUAAGAUUUUAGCCAGAUGUGUCACAUCAGGCACCAUGACACAGGAGGAGCUCAAUGCUCUUCCACAGGAUUCAAAAGUCUUUUCUACAUCUUUACUUGAAGCUGAGCAGCUGAACAGAAUUAGACGUGAUCUUGAUCAGGCUAAUCUAGAGUUAGAGCUGCUGAAGCUGGAGAGAGACAGUGCAGACGUCACUCACACUCAUUACCUCAGUCAAAGGUAUGUUUCCUUGCAACAGUUCACAUCCCACCUUCAGGAAGUGUUGCGAGAACAGACAGUCCUACGAGAGAGACUCACAAAGCCACUUUGUCAGCAGAACCUGCCCAUUCAUGCUGAUCUUCACAGAUAUGUGGUAGAGCUCAUGGGGAUGGUGGUGGAGUUCAUUCAGAACUUGGAAGUGAAAAUUAAGAUGGUUCAAGCUAUUCCAAAAACGGACAGUUAUCGGAGUAAUUUGAACAGUGCCAUAACUCAAGUGCUGGCUCAGGUCACUGAAGUUGAAAACUUGUACAGACAAGUUCUCAAGCAACGAGGCCAUCUGCACACCAACAUUAAAGACAUGUCCAGUUGAUAAAUAAUUUAAAGAACUUGUAGCAUUUGAUCAGGAUACUAGUGAAUAUUAAAUGAAUAAAAAUAACUAAACAUCACUGACUAGAUUCAGUAUACA